AUGCAGACGCCACGACAGCGUCUACAGCGACCCUCCUACGGCAACCCGGGAUCGGCUGAGAGAUCACUGAGCGCCAGCACUAAUGUCAGCCGGAAGAUCAGCUCGAGCCAGCUGAAUGCUUCGCAGAUGCGCACACCCACCGGCAGGAUGGACGGGGGUGACUUGGAGGUGGGGGAUGUGGUGUCGGUGCCAGGGGAUAUGAGUGGGUUGGUCAGGUUCGUGGGCACAGUCAGAGGCAAGACUGGCAAGUUCGUCGGUGUCGAGCUGGAUGAGGAGUUUGCGUCACGUGGCAAGAAUAAUGGUGAUGUGGAUGGCGUCACUUAUUUCAAUACGAACAUUCCUGGAGCCGGCAUAUUCUUACCUGUACAUCGUGCUGAGAAGCGCACAUCGCCAUCAGCCUCGAUCGACUCCUUCCCGGCCACCCCCAACACCCCCUCCUACAGCACAAUCAACGGCAAGAACGCGUAUACCCCACCCACCCCAGCUCUGCCGCCAAAAUUCUCGCAGUCAGUCGGUCCAGGCGCGAGACCAGCCAGUCCUCUCUUCAAGCCCAAGCGACCAUCCCUCCCACGUCCGGAGUCUCCCCUGCGAAGACCAGCACCGAAUCUUGCGCCCACACCAGCAAGAGGCUUGUCUUCGAGCGUGCGAGGCGGACGACCACCUCUUGGGAGCUCGACUACCCCAAGCAAGACGAAUCUGCGAGCAUCCACAAGCACGCGACCACCUUCAGGGCACACUCCAAGACCGUACAGCAGGACCGGAUCACGGCUGGGACAUAGGCAGGAUACGCUGAUCGAGGAGGACAGGACACCUGUUGGCUCGGCAGUAAAGGGCAAUAGUAGGACAAUCAGCAGCAGUUCCGUGCCUUCCUUCUCGCAGCCGUUGCGAUCACCUUCACGACUUGGAAGUGCAGGAGGACAAGAUGUGGAGAUCCAGCGCCUUAAGAGAGAGCUUGCGGAUCGCGAGAAGCAGCUAUCUGAUCAGGCUGCCUCGUUGGCAGAUAUGGAAGCGAAUGUGAAAGAGCUGUCCGCGUUGCUUCCCACAGACGGUCCGAUGCCGGGCGGGACUAUGAGAAAUGGCGACGAGGACGAGCAUACUGCUGCACAACUACGCCAAGUUCUACGCGAGAAGAACGAGAAGAUUAGUCUGAUGACGCAGGAGUUUGACACGCACCGGGCAGACUUCAGGAGCACCCUCGAUAGUCUGGAGAUGGCAAGUACAGAGACUGAACGAGUGUACGAGGAGCAAAAGACGGAUCUCAUCGCUCAGGUCGAGGGCUUGCAGAAGCAGAAUGAACAGCUCCAGGAAGAAGUGGCUAUGGGCGGGAGUGGAGGAGGUGGGAAGGAAGAUCUUGACAGCAUUGUCAAUGAGUUGAAGAGGUUGGAGGAGCUUGUUGCAGAGCUUGAAGAAGGUCUGGAGGAAAGCAGACGUGGUGAGGCGGAAGCUAGGGGUGAGGUGGAAUUCUUGCGAGGUGAAGUUGAGCGUGGUCGGUCUGAACUGCGACGUGAGAGGGAGAAGGCAGCGGCUUUGCAAGCACAGAGCAAUGGCAGUGCGUCGCCGAAGGAUAUUGCUCAAAAGGACGAUGAGAUCCGUGGUCUCAAGGCCAUCAUUCAUGGGUUGAGCACAACCCCUAGCGCCGCUCCAAAUGGCAAUGGCUAUGUCAGCGAUACGGAUGAAGUGAAACGUCUCGAGACUGCGCUGGACGAAAGCCGCAUGGAUAAAGAGGGUCUUGAAAAAGAACUCGAGCAACUCCGUCGCGACGCAGCAACGACAAAUGGUCACGGACACGCCCGCAACGAAAGCCAACGAACAGCCACAGCUUCCGACAACGACCGCCCUGCUCCUCUACGACAACGUAGCGGAACCCUCAAACCAACUUUCGCCGAGCACGCCCGUCGUGCCGCCAUGCCUGAGCAAGAAGACGCGAAUGGCGGGGGAAUAGCCGAGGACAUCUACUGCGAGAUGUGCGAGUCUAAGGACCACGACACGUUGGAUUGCACGCACCUAACCAGUGGAGCCAGUCCGACUAAGAACUCCGCCAACGGGUCAACCGCACUUUCACAUCAGGACAGCACGCCAGGAAAGGAGAACCGAUCGCUGGAGCACGAGACUAAGGACAAGAAUGGCGGCGGUGGGGGGGGUGUGCCAGUCGUAGCGGCGGAGGACGAGGAUAAAUGGUGUGCACUUUGCGAAGAAGACGGGCAUUUAGCGUUCGAUUGCCCGAAGGAGCAGUAUUAG